UCUACUGGAAUUCGGAAAUUUGGAAUCGGAACUACGACAGUUAUUCUGUAUUCCUACGUCGGAAGCAUCUUCAAUUCGUAUUCUUGAUUCUUCACAUUUCACACUUUCACAGCAGUGAGCAUAGAUAAAAUAUUUCAAACUUCACAUCUCAGACAAACUGUACCUCAAAUUCUUCACAGACAAAGUUUAAAAAGUGAUGUCGAUUAUCUAAUAAAAUACAACGCAGACACGUAGUAUAAAAUAUAAACCUAUUCAAUUUAAAAUUGAAUUACUGAUAAAUUAAUUCCAAAUAAUUUACCUACAUAAUGUAAAAUUUUGUCGAGUGGGGUGAAUUGUUAAAAUGUUCUAUUUAAAAUACCAUUGCUCAGUUGGCGGUAUUCAUUGUGUAAAUAAUAAUUAAUUAUGAUGGUGUUAUAUAGUUAGGAGUCUCACACUAAAAAUUAAAAAAAAUAUUUUCAAUGAAUUCAUUUAGGUACCUAUUUACGAAAGAUAAAUUAUGUGAACAUGCAACAUUUUGGUGACUAAUAUACUAAAAUGAAGAAAAAUUUUUUGAAAAGUAGCGUUGAAAACGCAUCGCUCAACAUACUCUUGCAAGUUGCAUUUCGAUGCUUGACAUUUGUUGUAAACGCUUUUGUUUUGCGACAUGUCUCUCAAAAUGAAUUGGGAGUUACAAAUGUCCGUUUAUUAUUACUCGAGUCAACAAUUUUGUUUUUGAGCAGAGAAGCAUUUCGUCGUGCUUGUUUAACAGAUACCUUGCAUCACAAUUGGCUGAAGGUCAUCAAUCUCAUUUGGUUCUCUGUACCAUUAUGUGCCGCUAUUUGUGGAAUAUGCGGUUAUAUUUGGCUUCACUUGCUAAGCCAACCUGAUAUUACUGUUACUACAUAUUAUGAAUUUGGUGUAUGGUCAAUUCUUAUAAGUUGUAUCAUCGAACUAUGCUGCGAACAGUUGUAUAUUGUAGCGCAAGCAUUCUUAUUUGUCAAGUUGCAGGUUGUAUUAGAAAUAAUAAACAUUGCUGUUCGAACUAUUGUUUACACUACAAUGGUGUUGUAUUGGAACGGUCAGAAUGCUGUACUAGCGUUUUCAUUUGCACAACUUGCAUCAGUCAUAGCAUACACAAUGUCAUUUUACAUAUACUUUUGGUAUUAUACAAAAAAAGACAAAAAAGAUUUUCCUUUCAAAACCAUGUGGGAAUUUUUUCCAAAUUUUACUGGAAAAAAAUUGUCGGAAUGUAUGGAUUUUUCUCUACUUAAGUUGUUGUGGAGUUUCUUGAAACAAGGAUUUAUGAAACAACUAUUGACUGAUGGUGAACGUUAUGUAAUGACAUUUUUUAAUACACUAAGAUUUGAUCAACAAGGUGUAUACGAUGUUGUCAACAAUUUGGGAUCAUUAGCUGCUAGGUUUUUGUUCAAACCUGUAGAAACCGCUGCAUACUUCUAUUUUAGUCAACUCGUUCAAAGAGAAGUGCCAAUCCAAACACAAAUUAAACAGGAUCCUAAUCGCAUAAAAGAAGCAGCUAGCGUUCUGGAAUGCCUGUUACGUGUUAAUAGCUCUAUUGGUUUAAUUGCACUAUGUUUUGGACAAGCAUAUGCUAAACUAGCAUUAUUUCUCUAUGGAGGAUCAACAUUGGCUACUGGAAUUGGACCAGUGCUGUUACAAAUGCAUUGUUUGGCCAUUCUAUUUUUAGCCGUUAAUGGUAUCGCUGAAUGUUAUGCGUCAGCUACCAUGAAUGUUUCUGAAUUAAACAAAUACAAUGUGGAAAUGGUUAUAUUAUCUGUGAUAUUUUUAUUUAUAUCUCUGUUAUUUUCUACACUUUUUGGCGGAAUUGGUUUUAUUUUCGCAAAUUGUUGUAAUUUCACUUUUAGAAUCAUUCAAUGCGGUCGUUACAUUCUAUCUCAAUAUAAAGGUACAAAUUACAAUCCACUUAAUGGAUUAAAGCCAAAAAAAUCAUUCAUUUGUUGUUUAAUGAUGUCAACUGUUAUUACAAUGUAUUCUGAGGCAAAAUAUUAUGAAGAAAAAAAAUUUACACAUGUUAUAAUAGGAGGUACAUUGUUUCUACUAACAACAUUAGUUUGGUUGUAUGAAGAAAUGGCCACAUUUAGAUUUUUAACUAAAGUUUAUUGCUCAAAGCACAAUUAAACUACUUUCCAAAUAGUUUUUACAAAUUUUUAAAACCUUAUUAAACUGAUAUUUAAUGAUCAAUUAAAACUCAAAAGUAUGCUUGUAUCAAUUUUAAAGUUUGUACACAUUUCUAAUCAAAUUAUUUAUAAUAAAGUAGAGAAUACUUUCACA